AUGAGGCCUUCACUGCUAUUGUACGCGUCCGCUUUCUCCCAGCUAGCAUCUUCCUUCGUGCACCCAGGACUCCUCCACACGGCGGCGGACUUCACCCUGGUAGCCUCCAAAGUCGCGGAGCAGACCGACCCCUGGUAUGCCGGCUACCAAAAGCUCAUCGCGAACCGACACGCUCAGACCAGCUGGAUCCCGCGGGCGGUGCCAGUGGUAUAUAGGGGCGCCAACCCCAACGGUCAGAACUACGAAAAGCUCUACAACGACAUAGCCGCUGCGUAUGCCCUGGCGCUGCGCUGGAAGGUCACCGAUGAUGCCCAAUACGCCAAUGCGAGCGCCGCCAUCAUCGAUGCGUGGUCGAGCACGCUGACAAUGGUCCACGGCUCCGCUGACAGGUUCCUUGCAUCCGGGAUCUACGGCUACCAGAUUGCCAACGUUGUCGAGAUACUCCGAGGAUACCCCGCCUGGAAGGGGUUCGCAGCGGCGAAGGACAUGCUCGUCAAAAUAUUUUACCCCAUGAGCCACCACUUCCUGACCAACCACAACGACGCUGCUAUAGACCACUACUGGGCGAACUGGGAUCUUUGCAACCUGAAUAAUAUCCUUGCUAUCGGCGUCGUUGCGGAUAAUGAGACCAUGUUCAAGGAGGCCAUCGACUACUUUUUCAACGGUACUGGAAAUGGUGCCAUCACCAAGACAAUCUGGCACAUCUUCCCGGAUGUCGAGGGGCAGGACUUGGGUCAGUUGCAGGAAUCCGGGCGGGAUCAGGGACAUAGCAUGUUUGUCGUCGGCAUGCUGGGAAUCUUUGCGCAGAUGGCGAGCAGUCAGGGCAUUGACCUGUUCUCGUGUCUCGACGACCGCAUCCUUGCAGGGUCGGAGUACGCCGCAAAGUACAAUCUCGGAUUCGAUGUUCCCUACAUCACCUACGUCAACAGCGACGUUAGGCAGGAGGGGAUCAGCAGCGCCGGUAGGGGGGACAUGCGGCCGAUUUGGGAGCUCCUGUAUAAUCGCUAUGGCAAGAUUAUGGGGAAGAACGCCAAGUACACCAAACUGUAUGCCGAGAAGGUUAGGGCUGCCGGCGGUGGCGCAGAGGGGGGCGGUGGAGAUUAUGGCACGACUAGCGGUGGGUAUGACCAAUUGGGGUAUGGAACUCUGAUGUAUUCGGUGUAG